UCCCUUUGUUGCAUUGCAUGAUGGACGCGUAGGCCGAGGAGACUAGUAGAACGAGCACGACGCCUCGUUUCUCCCCACCACCGUUUCCGCGACCGCGGCGUUGACUGGCUCCGCCCCCCAACUGCCAUCCCGGCCCCACCGUUGCCCCGGCCCACCCGUCAGCGGCGCUAGCGCGGGGAGCCCAGGCGGAGAAAAGCGCAGCAGCGGGUGUCCCUUCCGGCUCCGGCUGAAGGCGCGGCGCGGGGCGUGGCGGUGCGGCGCGACCAUUUCGACUCGGACCCGGCCCCGUGCCUCCGUGUCCGGGCGGCUCACGCCGGGCCGCAUUCGGAUGGUCGGUGCCAGACGCCGGGCGCGGAACCCUAACCCUAGGGGCCGGCUAUAUUAGAUGCUGGGGGGCGGCGGCGGAGGCGGCGGCGCGGGCCUGGGACUCGACCUCUCGGCGGUGAUUCAGGCGGCGGUCGUCGGCCUCGUUCUCUUCUCCGCGGCCGUCGUCGCCGUGCGCCGCGCCGCCUCGCGCUACUUCGUCGUCGACGCGGCGGGGUUCGCCGCCUCCUACGACGAUCACCACCACCACCACAGCCCGCCCGCCUACCCGAUGUCGCCCAAGGGGAGCCAGCAGGAGCGGGGGCCCGCCGGCGGGGAGGUGUCCGGGCCCUGCGCCGCGUGCGGCGUCGUCACCUCCAAGAAGUGCUCCCGGUGCAAGCGCGUUCGGUACUGUUCUCAAGAAUGUCAGACAAAACAUUGGCAAGAUGAUCACAAAUCCAAGUGCAAACCGAUGAAUGCUGACAAAUUAUCCUUUGGAUUUGAGGCCAACAGCAAGAAAUCAUCAGGUUUCGGUCGCAUUUCAUUGGUGCCCACCCGUAAAAAAAUAAAAAAGGGUCAGGUUCUCUUUUCUUAUGAUGAAUUUCUAAAUCUGUACAACCGGAAGGACUUUGAUUUUAUACCUUGUGGGCUUAUGAAUUGUGGCAACAGUUGCUUCGCUAACGUGGUUUUACAAUGUCUCUCAUGCACGAGACCACUUGUGGCCUAUCUUUUAGGAAAGGACCAUAGCAGGGAAUGCUCUACGAGACAUGAAGAUUGGUGUUUCUUGUGUGAGCUGCAAUGCCAUGUUCAAAGAGCUAGUGAAAGUAUACACCCAUUUUCUCCUGUGAAUAUUCUUUCUCAUCUGCCAAAUAUUGGUGGCAAUCUGGGCUAUGGUAGGCAAGAGGAUGCUCAUGAAUUCAUGAGGUUUGCAAUCGAUAAGAUGCAAUCUGCUUGCCUUGAUGAAUAUGGAGGUGAGAAGGCUGUAGAUCUUAGCACCCAAGAGACAACCAUAAUUCAGCACAUAUUUGGUGGGCGUCUGCAGUCACAGGUUCAGUGUACCGCAUGUGGAAUGGUCUCAAACCGUUAUGAUAAUAUGAUGGACUUGACAGUUGAAAUUCAAGGUGAUGCUGAAUCCUUGGAAAAAUGCUUGGAUCAGUUUACUGCUGUCGAGUGGCUUGAUGGGGAUAAUAAGUAUAAGUGUGAUGGAUGCAACGACUAUGUGAAAGCACGGAAGCAUCUUUCAGUUCAUCAAGCUCCAAAUAUACUCACUAUCACUCUCAAAAGGUUUCAGAGUGGUAGAUUUGGGAAACUGAACAAGAGAGUUACAUUCCCUAUGAACUUAGAUCUAACACCAUACAUGAGUAGCACUGAUGGAAGUGACCUGUAUGAUCUCUAUGCUGUCGUUGUUCAUCUGGAUAUGCUGAAUGCGUCAUUUUUUGGCCAUUACAUAUGCUACAUCAAAGGUUCUCGAGGAAAUUGGUAUAAAAUCGAUGACUGCAAGGUUAUGAUUGUUGAUGAGGAGGAGGUACAUGCUCAAGGUGCUUAUAUGCUUUUAUAUAGGAGGAGAACGGCUCGUCCCAGGCCACUUGCUACAGUUGAGGAACCCGUUAAACAGCCACAACAGUGCAAAGUGCUGCCUUUAAAUGGACAAAAUCAUAUGAUACCAGAACCGGAGGAUGCAACCUUAAUCUGUGAAUCAGCUUUGGAGUCUUCAGAAGAUCUGUUACAACAGGAUUCUGAAUCCAAUAAUGAAUAUUUGCAUAAAAUGGAUAUCAAGGACCAGGAGUCAGACUUGGAUAGACAUACAAGCAUUGAAGCUGACAAACUCAUUAGUGAUGAAGUAGAUUUGCUAGGUUCACCAGUAUCACAUGUUCUUGAAGAUACUAGAGCUCCAUGUUCUCCAUUGGAAGCCUCUACUUCCUUGAGAUCGGUGCCACUUUGCCCUCCGAUAGAAGGUGGUCCUUCUACCAUGAGCUCUGUGGAAUUUGGCAGUUCCAUGAGUGAAGCGUCUUCAGUUCAUUCCUUCGCAGAGGAAUGUGAGGAGCAGCCUGCCUCAUGUAUUGAUUCAGUUGACUAUAUGGAUGUUGAUACUGAAGCUGACACAGAAGUUGAGAGAUGUGAUGAGGGACCACCUGCCUUAGAUGGUUUGAUUGGAAGGACGGAUAAUAGAACAUCACUCCCAAUCUUAGCAAAUGGGAUGGCAGGAAAACCAAGAUCAGCAUUUUCUCCUGGUUUCCUCAAUAAGCCCUCAAGAAAGAGGUCUUCCUUUGCAGAAGAGGAUCACAUUGGUGGCAAUAGUGCUGGUUCCUCUCGAAAGUUAAAUGGCCAUUGCAAUGAAUAUAUCAGCAGCUCAGAACAAGUUCUUGCCAAUUCCUGUGGCAACAGCCCAUCGUCAGGAAGUGAAAACCGCAAUGGAGAUAUGUUUGCGACAUCCAGUAAUGGCAAUUACUAUACGAUCAAUGGUGUUACACAAUCUAGCAAUCACUCUUUACAUGCAGAUUCUCAUGGUUUUGAGCCAAGACCUUACAGUGAACCAUCAUCAGGCAGCAACAAAAACUGCACUAGUACAAGCAGUGGGAAUCCAUUGAAAGCUUGCCAAGGGGACAUGUCAUUCCUAUCUCGGGGCUUCCUCGGAAGGCCUUCUUCUAGAGGCAAUUCAGUCAAAGUAGAUGAUCGCUUGCCGUUUGGUAAUGGCACAUCAUCAUCCUUUGGGAAUGGCAACAGUAAGCCAAGUAAUGACCGCAGGGAAUCUGCAGUCCUAGGCACAAGCUCUGACAUUCCUAUGGAGCAAAAAUCUAAUGGUGCCACAGUAGUGCCUGAGCAUGUGGAAGAAAGGUGUUCAGAUUGCACAAUAAAUGGCUCUUCAUUCCAACUAAGAGCAGCUCCCAACCACCUCGAUGAAAAUAGCCAUGCAAUUUUGGCCAGCAAUAAUACCAGUUGUCGGCAAGAAAAUGGCAGUAAUGGCACCUCUGGCAUGAAUGGUGUAGGUUGCCAAAGGGAUGACGCGCCGUCCAUGUUGGUCUCCAAGAAUAGCACAGGAUCUGAACAUGAUGGAUUGCGACGACGAGUAACCUCGAAAUUUUUUGAGCAGAAUGGUAUUGAUGCCCAAUAAAAAGUGUGGCAGCAUUUCAUAGGGGUUGAGAAUGGUGGUCAUUCGAGCAUGCUAGUAAAAAUCAGUGUGCUCAUGUCGGGUGAAGGUACAUAUAAACUGAGCUACUGUGAGCUAGAGGAAGUAAAUGCUGGUUAUUGAUUGUUAGAAACUGCGAUUGGAGCAAGCAUUGUCUGCUUGAUAGUAAUUUUGGCUCAAUUCUCCACGUGGCUCCCACUUGUCAGAGGGUUGGAGGGGUGUCUCUGGGCUUCCACACAAUUUGCAGAAGCCCAGAUGCUCUCCUGAUGCCAUGCUAUUUUGUUGGCAUUAGCAUUUAGGUACAUAGCUGAACGUAGGCGCUUACCUGGUCCAUAGCUUAAAUAAACUGGAACUGCUGACUCCUGUGUCAUGAAAGCUGAAUCAAUUGUAGAGUGAUAAAGAGGAAAUCCUCAUGGCUUUCACCUUUAUUUUGCUUCCCUUUUCCUUGCGCUAUAUGUUUUGUUGAACUUUACUGUGCAAUGAUGGAUGAAACUCCGAACGAAA